AUAUUUGUGAAGGUGUCGACUCGUGUGUGGAGUGAGCCCCGCCCACUGACACCUCGCCCGCUGAUUGGCUGAUCCGACUCCGAUAACUGCCUCUGUGAACACCGUCUUGACAGUCACUCGUGUGUCGACAAACAGGACGAUGGCGGACCACACAGUACUACACGGAGGGUACCAUCACCCCAUACUGAGGAGCUGGAACUCAGCGAAUACUACCAUUACACCGGAGAACUUGAUAUAUCCCCUGUUCAUCGUCGAUGAAGAAGAUGCACUCCAGGAGAUUACCAGCAUGCCUGGCCAGUUUCGGUAUGGGAUCCAUCGACUGAAGGAGGCACUUGAACCCCUGGUGGAGAAAGGGUUAAAGACAGUGUUAUUGUUUGGUGUGCCAGGGAAGAUAUACAAGGACAACGAGGGUUCAGGGGCGGACCUGCCGACAACACCGGUGCUGCUUGCUAUCGGACUGCUGCGGAAGUGGUUCCCCCAUCUCUUGAUAGCCUGCGAUGUCUGUCUGUGCCCCUACACAUGCCACGGCCAUUGUGGUAUUCUGAGGGAGGAUGGUAGUCUGGAUAACACCGCCAGUAUUGCCCGCCUGGCCGCCAUUGCUGUCAACUAUGCCAAAGCAGGGUGCCAAGUCAUAGCUCCCUCCGACAUGAUGGAUGGAAGGAUUGGCGCCAUUAAGAAGGGUCUGAGAGAGGCGGGUCUUGACAACAGGGUGGCUGUCAUGAGCUACAGCGCCAAGUUUGCCUCCAGCUUCUAUGGUCCAUUCAGAGAUGCUGCAAAGAGUGCACCCACCUUCGGAGACAGGAAGUGCUACCAGCUGCCCCCGGGAUCCAUUGGACUGGCGGAGCGGGCUGUGGAUCGAGAUGUGGCAGAGGGUGCAGACAUGUUGAUGGUCAAGCCAGGGAUACCUUACCUGGAUGUCGUCAGGAUGACCAAACAGAAGUACCCCACACAUCCACUGGCUAUCUACCACGUGUCUGGGGAGUACGCAAUGUUAUAUCACGGGGCAGCUGCUGGAGCGUUUGAUCUGAAGGCCAUCGUCCUGGAAUCUCUCCAGAGCAUGAGACGAGCAGGGGCCGACAUCAUCAUCACGUACUAUGUGCCGCAACUUCUUGACUGGCUGAAGUAACCGGCACCGAGGGACGACACGGCACAACAUUAAUCCAAACAGUGAGGCGGAACAGACACAUUUCCUCAAAUCUCACGCUCACAGUCCAUAAUCGGCUGCUGGAGCACGGUGUCACAGAAUUUUUGUUUGUUUUGUUACCGGUACUUAGAUACAUAUUUUAUAAAAAAUGCUUCUGGAGGCUUUUGCAGAUUAUAUUUUCACUUGAGACAAUGUCUGAACUUGAAUGAAGGU